AAUUUAAAGAGGCAACCUGUAUCGCCUUACUUGAUUAGCAGAUUUCGCCUGUUCUGACCACCCAAACCCUCCUUACCCUUUUCUUCCUCUCUCAAUCUUUCAUACACUCAGGCAAGACACAGCCCUCUCUCUCUCUCUCUCUCUCUCUCUCUCUCUCGACAAAUUACCUUCUUUCGAAGUCCUACGAUCUCCGAAACUCCCAAUCUUCCAAAGCAUCUCCAUCUCUCUCUCUCUCUCUCUCUCUCUCCAUAUUUCUCCGGCUUUCUCAGCUUUGUACAAUCACUCUCCGUUUACUCUCUCUUCUGAUCUUCACUGUCUUCUAUAACACUCUUUCUCUGUAUUUACGACGUCUCGACCGUCUGAUGGCUGACGGCAAGCUCGAUCUACCGGACGAUCUCCUUUCAUCUAAGUCGUCUGAUCGCUCCUGGACCUCCAAAGUGGAAGCUUUGGGAGGAAAUGAGGAAAAAGUUGAUGAUUCGAAAGAUCAACUGGCAUCAGAGAGCAGCAUACCUUUAUCUCCACAAUGGCUCUAUGCUAAACCCACCGAGACAAAGAUGGAUACACGUGCUCCAACUUCUAUGUCGACUGGAAACUCCAGUGAUCCCAACCAGAAGGAGGGCUGGCGCUUGGAUGGAUCUGAGGAAAAAAAAGAUUGGAGGAGGAUUGUAACUGAGAGUGAAAGCAGCCGCCGCUGGCGUGAAGAGGAAAGAGAAACUGGCUUACUCAGUGGUAGGAGAGAUCGCAGGAAAGGAGAGCGUCGUGUUGACACUGCUUCAAUGAGGGAAACAACUGAAAGUAGAUCUUUGCCAUCCUCUGAUCGGUGGCAUGAUGGUAACAGCCGCAAUCCUGGGCAUGAAUCUCGCCGUGAUAGCAAAUGGUCGUCUAGGUGGGGUCCUGAAGAUAAAGAGAAGGAAUCCCGCUCUGAGAAGAGGACAGAUGCUGAAAAGGAGAAGGAAGAUACUCACAAUGACAAUCAGUCAUUUGUUGUGAGUAACCGUUCAGUUUCUGAGCGUGACACAGAUUCUCGUGAUAAAUGGAGGCCACGCCAUAGAAUGGAGGUGCAUUCAAGUGGAUCAACUUCCGCUCGUGGUGCUCCUGGAUUUGGACCUGAGAAAGGACGGGUGGAGAGUCAUAAUCCUGGUUUUACCAUUGGACGGGGAAGGUCAGCUGGUAUUGGAAGGUCUUCAUCUGCAAGCACCAUCGGUGCCGUUUACUUAUUUAGAAGUGAAACUGUCCCUGGAAAACCAAACCUUUUAGCUGAUACUUUUCGCUAUCCUAGAGGGAAGCUGCUUGACAUUUAUCGCAUACAAAAGCUUGAUCCAUCUUUUGCUGCCAUGCCUGAUGGGAAGGAAGAAUCACCUCCUUUAACUCAAGUGGGCUUUGUUGAACCAUUGGCUUUUGUUGCCCCUGAUACUGAAGAGGAGGUUAGCCUUAGUGAUAUAUGGAAGGGUAAGGUCACCAGCAGUGGUGUAGUGUACAGUUCCUGUAGACAGGGGAGGUCAAAUGAAAAUGUGUCAGAAGUUGGAGAUGUAGAAUCCUCUGAGGAUAAACAGGGUAUCCUCAGCCAAAAACUCAGUGGAGCAACUGUUGAUAACUUGCAAGAAGCUGCAAGUACUGAUGCACAUCGAGCUCAUGUGGUAGCUGGAAAAGGAGUCACUCAUGAAGAAGUGGAUAAAAUUUCUUCCAUCUCUCUUCCAUCAAAUUCAGAUGGAUUUGUACCAACAGUCCCUAAAACUAAUGGCAUUUGCAGUGCAAUGGAGGUUGGUUCUACUCACCAUAACAUUAGUGAAAAUUGGCAGAUGGACUUUGCUGCUUCUGGUCAUCCUCAAUUUGAAGGCAAUGAGUCAACCCCUUCUUCUGACAUCAAAUUGAAUCUUCCUGGUGAUUCAAGUUCUUUGUUUCAUGUGGCCUUCCAGCAAACUCAGAGUAGUGAUGGGCAGCUAAUGGAGAGUAACAGUGAGGCAAAGAACGCGGGAGGGGGAACUUCACUUGAGGAGUUUACUUUGUUUUACAUUGAUCCUCAGGGGAAUACACAGGGUCCGUUCCUUGGGGCUGACAUCAUAAUGUGGUUUGAACAAGGUUUCUUUGGGCUUGACUUGCCAGUACGUCUGGCAGAUUCUCCUGAAGGAACACCUUUUCAGGAAUUGGGUGAUAUCAUGCCACAUCUGAAAGCCAAAGAUGGACAUGGCAGUGUUAUUGAUUUGAAUAAACUAGAAGAGUCAGGGGCUUUUGGAGUAAAUUUGGAGGCUAGUUUACCUGCUUCUGCUCCAGUCAGCAACAUUCCAGCUUCAUCCAUAGAAAAUGACCUGCACCACUCAGUGUCUGAGUUCAACAGCCUCUCAUCUCAGCAUGUUCAGUCAAGAAUAUCUGAGCCUGAGGCUCCACUGCAAAUGCCACGUUCUGAGGGUCAAAAUUUUGAAGAUUUUGUUGCACAAGAUGAAGAAAUUGUAUUCCCAGGAAGAUCAGAUAAUUCUGGCUAUCCUGUUGCAAAAUCUUCUGGCCAUGUUCACGAUCCUUUGGCAAAUUCUAGUAGCCACCUGUAUCUUCCCAAUGAGUUAACAGAAACUUCUAUGUCAAAUCAAAAUAAUAGUAAGUUGCAUCAUUUUGGCUUAUUGUGGUCUGAGCUUGACAGUGCUCAAUCAAGGAACAACCAGUCUUCCAAUGGCAUUGGGAGGGCUGCUUCAUUUGGUCCUGUGGCUGAUCCAGCUGUUGCUGGAGGAGAGUCAUGGUCUGAUGUUUAUAGGAAAAGUGUACUUCCUGACAAUAACUUGUAUCAAGAUGUUUUGGCUGCUCGCCAUAUGUUGCAUGUGGAACAAGAAUCAAACCAUUUUGAUUUAGCAGAGCGACUUAUGUCUCAACAAGCUCAGAAACAGCAAUUCCAACAGCUGAAUAUGUUGUCUCCUCAUGCACGCCUUAAUGAAUCAGUUUUGGAACAUGUGCCAAGUCAGAAUCAGAAUUUGGUUCACCAGCGGCAAUUGUCCAACCAUUCUGCGCCAGAUAUGGAACACCUUUUAGCUCUAGAGAUGCAACAACAGCGGCAGCUUCAGCUCCAGCAGUAUCAAUUGCAGCAACAGCUACAGUUUCAUCAGCAGCAAAAGCUUUUACAGGAGCGACAACAGUCCCAAGUUCAACAAGUUCUUCUUGAGCAACUGUUGCAUGGUCAAGUGCCUGACCCUGGCCUUGGGCAGUCAUAUUUGGAUCCUAUCAUAUCCAAAAAUGUUCUUGAUCAGAUUUUAUUGGAGCAGCAGCUUAUACAUGAGCUGCAACAUCAGUCACAUAAUCAUCAAAGGCAUGUUCCAUCGAUAGAGCAGCUUGUUCAAGCAAAAUUUGGUCAAGCACCACAAGAAGAGCCUCAAAGAGACCUAUUUGAAUUAAUUUCACGGGCACAGCAUGGGCAAUUGCAGUCUUUGGAGCAUCAGCUUCUUCAAAAAGAGCAGCUGCAGAGGCAGCUCUCAAUGGGAUUGAGACAGCAUAAUGAACAAAGGGAUCUAGACUCCAUAUGGCCAGCUGAUCGGACCAAUCAGCUUCUCAGGAGCCAUGCUGGUAUUAACCAAGUUCAUUCUUCAGGCUUUAGCCCCUUAGACUUUUAUCAACAACAGCAAAGGCCUAUCCAUGAGGAGCAGCUAAGUCACCUAGAGCGUAAUCUUACAUUAAGGGAGCAGCUUAAUCAAAUGCGUUUUGAGCCUUCCUCAUUGCAAUUUGAACGAUCAAUGUCUUUGCCUGCUGGUGCUUCUGGGGUUAAUAUGGAUGUAGUAAACGCUAUGGCUCGUGCGAAAGGUUUAGAUGUGUUGGAGCCAAGCACACAUAUACAAUCUACUGGUCAAGCUGUAACAUUUUCUUCUGGCAUCCACCCCCACAAUCCGCACCACUCUUUAGUCCCCAAUCAGGGUCAUGUUUCCCAAUUGGAUGCAAAUGAGGGCCGCUGGUCUGAGAGCAAUGGACAACUGGGAAAUGACUGGAUGGAAUCUCAAAUUCAGAAAUUGUGUAUCAAUUCUGAACGGCAGAAAAGGGAUUCAGAAGUCAAAAUGACUUCUGAGAAUCCUGGUUUAUGGAUGUCUGAUGGGCUCAAUGAGGACAAGUCCAGGCAAUUGUUGAUGGAAUUGCUGCAUCAGAAAUCUGGCCAUCAGCCCGAGUCAUUAGAUAGGGCUCCAUCUGGCGUCUAUACAGGAUCAAGUUCUUUGGAUCACCCAUUUGGUGUUCUAGCAGAGCAAGAGGCAGGUCUAAACAAGUCAUUUGUGGUAGGUUCUUAUGGUUCAAGCUCCUCUGAACCAUCACAUAUUACUUUAGCUGAUAAGCAGGCUGGCAGUUUAGAAAGCAAUGAAAGGCUGCCAUUUAGGGCUGAAUCUGGAGCAUUUUCUGAGGGACAGCCCUUCCUGUCACGCAUUGGUGAGAAUACUCAAGCAAUUUACAGAGGUGCUAAUGUGACUGGUUUGUUAACUGCGGCCAAAGAGUUGCCAGAUCUUGAGUGCAGAAACUAUGGAUCUAAAAGUGAUGCGCUGACAAUGGGAUCAAUAUUUGAGGGUCAAGAUGGCAUCCCCAAGCCAGGAAGGUUGAGUUCUGUAGAAAAAGGGGAGAUUCCAAUUAAUGCUCUCAGUAGACAUUCAUCACUUGGUGUUUCUGGUGGAAAUGCUGGCUUUUACAAUGACAAUAUUGGAUCAUGCAAUUUAUUUUCAGAAGAUAUAGCCAAAGACUGUGUGCAAGUCCCAGCGAAAGCUCAAGACAACAUGUUGUUGAGACAUAUACCUGUCUCUCGUACUUCAUCAUCUGAGGAAGGAUUGUCCGAUCUUGUCUCCAAUCCAGGAGGAAAGCGAGAUUUUGGGGGAAAUGUAGCCAACCAUUCAGACAUUGCGGCAUCGGCCAAGAAGGAGAUGCGCUUCCGACGUACCUCAUCUUACGGUGAUGGUGAUGUCUCCGAGGCAUCAUUUAUUGACAUGUUGAAAAGUAAUGCAAAGAAGAAUGCCAUGCCAGAAGUCCAUGGAACAGCGGGCCCAGAGUCUUCAGAUGGGACCCAAGGGGGCAGGGGCGGCAAAAAGAAAGGGAAGAAAGGGAGGCAGAUUGAUCCUGCACUUCUGGGUUUUAAAGUCACAAGCAAUCGCAUUAUGAUGGGUGAAAUACAACGUGUAGAUGAUUAGAUCGUAUCUUCUGUAAUUUCUGUAUGAUAUUUUCCCUUCCCUUGUAAGCUGUAGCUGUAUAGGGUGAUAAAAAUUCUUUGAUUUUUUUUUCUUUUUCACUCUAGUGAAAAUGAGAGUGCAGAGUACCUGGUUUAGGACGAGUACAGCGACUCAAUCACAAGAUACAGAUUUGUACAGACUAACAAAUGUUACAACGAAAGCACGUAUAAUUUAAAGCUGGCUUCAAUAAGUGUUGUGCAUCCAUUCUCAAAA